UAAAGAGCGGUUCCUAGAAUGUUAAUCAUUUGGCUGACUUUGUCUUGGAUCUUUCUGAGCUCAGCUCAGAUGGUAAACGUGCCCUACAAUUCUUGUGUUAAUUACUUUAAAUACGAGACGGUCGAAGAUGGUAGUGCAUAUAUGGGCAUAUUCACAGCUCCAUCAGGUCCAAAUUCAUUUUAUAAGUGGUCCCCAACAUUCGAUAUUCAUGGGCAUAGCGGGAUUUUUCUGAGUCCGCUAAUGCGGUAUACCAACAACAAUUCAAAUGAUCAGCGUGGUCAAGUAUUCGUUUACUUUGUGAAUAUCAAAAGUGAACUGCCCAAGUUAACCCAUUUGAGUCUGAAUGGACACACGUUGUGCAAUGUUACUGGAUAUGGAAGACCUUCUACAAAAAUUACUGUGCAAUAUCAAAUGGAUCUGUCGGAAAGCUAACGUAACUAAAUAAAAAAAAAAAGUUUUUUAAACUACUGCGGGUAUUUUAAAUUGCCAUUUUUGCUGCUUCAUUUUAAAAUUCUAUUCAGUUUUUAUGCAAAGCUUUGUAAAAUUCCAUAUGAUAGAAAACUUAAACAAAUUCAUUCUGUUUUUUUCAACAAAAAUAUUAAAAUCUGUAAUGAAAUAUUUCGAAAACGGGAACACGUCUAAGUACAUCAGGAGUUUUCCCUUGACGUCGCAUGCGAACAUUUGACAGCAAGUUAAAUGGCGUCACAGUGGAACUUUAUCGCUGCCGUCGGAGCGUUGCUAAUUUUGACUGGCCUCCAAAAAUCAAGCUCGCGACUGGAGCCUCCUCCUCGUGAAGCACCUGAUGGAGGACAUCCUUGAAAGAGUAAGCCCCUUGUAAUUUGCACAGCGGGAUAGCAACGCAGCGUUGCUCCUCGCUCCUCCUUUGCUCCUCCGUUUCGCCUCCUUUGCUCCUUCUGUUCUUCCAGCUCCAGCACCCAAUAAACAUGCAUAUUAAUGACCGUGAGUCCGGCGCCGGUGAACUCGGAGUCCGUGCGCCCAUUUGCCUUGCAAAGCGAUCAAAUGAAUCAACGAUACUUGCAAUUUCCGUGUCGACUCUUUAUGCGAAUGCAUCUCGGAAUGCUGGAGAUGAAUCUGGGACUGGUAACGGAGCCGAAGGAGGAUGACAGCGACAGCGGAUGCAGGAGCUUACCCAGAAAGCACUCAAGGAGCUGAGGGCCGGAAUGAAUGGAGCACUCGAAAGCAGGAGGAGGAGGCUGGGCGACGUCGAUUCAAGUAACCGAAGAUUCGGAUGGUGUCAUGAAUUUAUGGUGCAGGGAUAUUAAAAUGUCCCUCAUCCUUAAAACUUGUUUACUUUUGACCUAGAUAAUUUAUUAUUCAAUAAUUCAAAAAUAUACCGAAUAUAUUUACUUAAAGUGGUUUAAGCUGCAGUCUGCUUAACCCGCAGUAAAUUUCGAUAGCACUGAUUUUCAAUGAUACGUUUUAAUCCUCGAGAGCAUUGCACUUGAUUAAUGAAAUCAUGAUCAAGGCUGAUGAAUUUCCCUUGCAACUGCCACUAAUGACAGCUGCUCGGCGUUUCUCUUCCGAAGAAGCCAAUUAAAUAUGAAACAAACGAAGACAGGGAUUACAUUUCUGUGACAAUAAAUCCACUUGGCUUAUUUGCCAUAUACUGUAGCCAAAAAGUAUCCUGAAGUGGGUCAAAAGAGGCUCUUGGCAUAAGGGAAUUUGGUCCGUAUGCCAACAUGUUGCUCCUGCUGAAGGGCUUUAAAUGUUUUAUAUAUUUCAUUCGUUUGCUUUUGUUUGUCUGCGAUUUCUUUAUAUAUUUUUUUCCCCAGCAGGAAAUAAAAUAAAAGAAGCAACAGCCAGGCACUUGAUUUUGCGAUGAAACAGCAACAGAGGGCAGAUGAAAUAAGACGACUAAAUAAAAAUAAAAUCAAAAUACGUGAACGGUGGGCGUUGCGAGCAUAAAUCUCAUCAAUCAAAUGGAAUUGUGCGCAUAAAGUUAUCGGCUCAACUUACAGCAGAUAACUCAACCCGAACUCAAACCCACUGCCCCCCUCGUCCGCUGGGGCAAUUUGAGUUUAUUGUUUCAAUCUGUUAAGGCAACCCGAGGGUCUGAAGGGGGAGCCAUAGCUGAAGUUGCACCCAGACUUUGAAGAUACACUUGUAGAAUAAGUGGUUACUCCAGCAAGAUGGAGUAUUUAAGUUAAAAACUGAAAGGAUGUUACA